AUGAAGGACAAAGGAUGGAGUGAUAAAGGAAGAAGAGUAUAUCUUGAAACCAAAGUAUCAAGAUGGUGCCAGACUUUCUUUGGGCUGAUGAAGAAUGGAAGGCUAACCCAAACAUUAAGUUCAGAGAUUACAAUCAAUUCAAGCAGAUUGUUAUUGGAAAUCAGAACAUAUGGUGAACAGGCUGUUGACAUUAAGUUAAGGGCUAAAAGGAGUUCGGGUGGUGUUGGCCAAAUGUGGAUUACAAAAUUAGACAUGCUGUGCUCGACGCUCUGUGCAACUUUAUUGGAAGAUACUGGGGAUAUGCAAAGUAAGAGACAAGAAGGGAAAUACACUUAUAAAUAUGAUGAUUUGUUGAGAUGUAUUUGA